GGAGCGGGACUGGAGACCCCGGCGCGCCCACGCUCCCUCGCACACCCCCAUGGUGCUGGUCUUGGCCUGAGGGAGCCCAGGAGCGGUCUCCCUGCCCCGGGGAAUUCCGAGCCCAGGGAAGGGGCCACCCCCUGAGCCAGGGGAGGAAGGCCCUCCGCGCCCCAGCCCGCUCCGCAUCUCCCAUGUGGCCCGGCAGGCUGCCGACAUGAACGUGUCCGUGGCCCCCGCCGUGAGCCCCAACAUCACUGUCCUGGAGCCGGUGAAGGGCCCGUGGCAGGUGGCCUUCAUCAUCCUCACCACGGGCCUGCUCUCGCUGGCCACCGUGACCGGCAACCUGCUGGUGCUGAUCUCCUUCAAGGUCAACAGCGAGCUCAAGACGGUCAACAACUACUUCCUGCUCAGCCUGGCCUGCGCCGACCUCAUCAUCGGCGUGAUCUCCAUGAACCUCUACACCACCUACCUGGUCAUGGGGCACUGGGCCCUGGGCACGCUGGCCUGCGACCUCUGGCUGGCCCUGGACUACGUGGCCAGCAACGCCUCCGUCAUGAACCUGCUGCUCAUCAGCUUCGACCGCUACUUCUCCGUCACCAGGCCGCUCAGCUACCGCGCCAAGAGGACGCCCCGGCGCGCCGCGCUCAUGAUCGGCCUGGCCUGGCUGGUCUCCUUCGUGCUCUGGGCGCCGGCCAUUCUGUUCUGGCAGUACCUGGUGGGCAAGCGGACCGUGAAGGCGGGCCAGUGCUACAUCCAGUUCCUGUCGGAGCCCAUCAUCACCUUCGGCACGGCCAUGGCCGCCUUCUACCUCCCCGUCACCGUCAUGUGCGUGCUUUACUGGCGCAUCUACCGUGAGACUGAGAACCGCGCCCGGGAGCUGGCGGCCCUGCAGGGCUCCGAGACGCCGGGCAAGGGGCUGGGCGGAGGCAGCAGCAGCAGCUCCGAGCGCUCCCAGCCCGGCCCCGAAGGCUCCCCCGACGUGCCGGCCCGGCGCUGCUGCUGCUGCUGGGGACCGCGGCUCCUCCCCUCCUACAGCUGGAAGGAAGAGGAGGAGGAGGAGGAGGACGAAGGCUACCUGGAGUCCCUGACGUCCUCCGAGGGAGAGGAGGCGGGCUUCGAGGUGGUCAUCAAGAUGCCCAUGGUGGGCCCGGAAGCCCCGGCUCCGGCCAAGCCGCCCCCUCGCGCCUCCCCCCAGACGGUGAAGCGGCCCACCAAGAAGGCCCGCGAGCGGGCGGGCAAGGAGCCCAAGAAGAAAGGGAAGGAGCAGCUGAGCAAGCGCAAGACCUUCUCGCUGGUCAAGGAGAAGAAAGCGGCCAGGACCCUGAGCGCCAUCCUCCUGGCCUUCAUCCUGACCUGGACCCCGUACAACAUCAUGGUGCUGGUGUCCACCUUCUGCACUGACUGCGUGCCCGAGACCCUGUGGGAGCUGGGCUACUGGCUCUGCUACGUCAACAGCACCAUCAACCCCAUGUGCUACGCGCUCUGCAACAAGGCCUUCCGCGACACCUUCCGCCUGCUGCUGCUCUGCCGCUGGGACAAGAGGCGCUGGCGGAAGAUCCCCAAGCGGCCCGGCUCCGUGCACCGGACGCCCUCCCGGCAGUGCUGACGGCCGAACCGGCCCGCCCCGCCCCCACACCAGCGCCCGGCUUCCAGGGGUGGGCGCUGCCCCCUCCCCGUCCAUCCCCAGCAUCUCCGCAGCCACUUAGGAAGCGCCUCCUGUGUACAGUACGCCUGGCGCGCGCCGGGGCUACAAAGACAAAGGGCGACUGGACGAGCCCCCGAGACCCGACGCCCGGGUCGGGGGGAUCGCGCGCGGACUCGGUGGGUCCCGAUAGCGAGGGGCGAGGGAGAGGCCCAGAGGAAAUGAUUUCGGAGGAUUUGAGAAAGGAGGAUCCGGGGGGCUCGCGGCCCCGGGCCCGGAGAGGCGCGCCAUGGAACCUCGGUCCUCGUCCAGGGAGACGUCGGCCCCGCUCGUUUCCCGGCUCCUCUGGCUCCCCAGCCGGAGAAGGAGGGAGGGAGGAAACAGGUUUUUCUGCUUUCCACUUGGAAGGGACGGAGCGCACCAGGAAGGAGCCGCGGAGGAGGAUCUGGGGUUCAGUCCUUGUUUGUUUUCUGUGGAGAAGGCCCGAGCGCACCGGCAGGAUAGUGGGGGGGGGGG